AUGUCCGGCGAUGACUUCAAAGCCGGCUGGAUGAGUGGCUGGCGAUUCCUCCCGUCCGUGCUACCUCUGAGUCUGACCGGUCAUCAUCCUUUGAGAGGGGCGACACGACAGAGCUUAAUUCAAACGUGGACUGGGAGGGAGGGCAGCGGGCUCUCAGAGGUCGGCCGGCUUUACGUCUGUGCUCAUUCUCAAGCGGACCGGACCCCCCAUCAGCCCGCUGUAUUCACCGAAAUUUUGAUGUCAGCUGGAGGAUUUGCAGCCGCCCGGCCUGGCCACAUCUCGAAGAUCCCGUCUGUGCACAUUCGGAAGCCGACUGGCCCUCGGCCCGUUAGGGCCACAGUAGGCCUAUCACAUGGACUGGGUCCUCAGGACCCAUUCCUAUAA